GUCGGCUUCUGAGAGCUGUAGGAUUAUGUAUCCAAAUGCUGAAUUUAUAUUUCCCACUAGGAAAAGACUGACGCUCAGAUGCUUCAGAAAAUUGCUGUUUGUUUACCGCUGGUUCUGCCAACCAACUCAAGAAGGGACCGAUCUAUUCUUUCAUUAAUCAAACGCAGUAUUAUCUUGAACUAAUUAUUCUUCUCCACAUGGCCUUUCUUCUGGUGUCAGCUUAUUUUCUGCUGACUCAUACUCAGGGUGCUCCUGUAGAGAAUGGGGCACUGUUAGAAACACUGAAGUCACAGGUAGGAUUAUUCAGCAAUAAAAGUGAACACUAUUCAGCACAGGUGAGACCUCCUGGCACAAGCCGACGAAUACCUCAGACAAUUAUUAUUGGAGUUCGUAAAGGAGGGACAAGGGCUUUGCUGGAAAUGUUGGAUAUUCAUCCUAAUAUUGUUGUAGCAGCUACAGAAGUCCACUUUUUUGACUGGGAUGAAAAUUAUGUGAAAGGAAUAGACUGGUAUAGGAGUUUGAUGCCAUUUUCGUAUGGAAAUCAAAUUACUAUUGAGAAAACACCAGGCUAUUUUACAUCACCACAGGCUCCAGAAAGAAUUCAUGACAUGAAUAGCUCCAUUAAGCUGCUGCUCAUUCUGAGAGAUCCCACUGAGAGAGUUAUAUCUGACUAUACCCAAGUAUAUUACAACAGAGUAGAAAGUCACAAGCCUGUUCAGCUUUUUGAAGAUAUUGUUAUUAAGAAUGGAGCACUUAAUACCAAAUACAAAGCUAUUCAGAGAAGUUUAUAUGAUGUUCAUAUGGAGAAGUGGCUUAAACAUUUCAGUUUGGAUCAGAUUCAUAUAGUGGAUGGCAAUACUUUAAUCAAGGACCCUCUUCCUGAAUUACAAAAGGUUGAGAGAUUUCUGAAUCUUCCUUCCCGAAUUGUGUCUUCUAAUUUUUAUUUUAACCAAACUAAGGGAUUCUAUUGCAUUCGAAGUGAUGGAAGAGAAAGAUGUUUACAUGAAUCCAAAGGGCGACCCCAUCCUCUUGUUAACAACACUGUUUUAGAACAACUUUAUUCUUACUUCAGAGAGCACAAUGCAAAAUUUUACAGAAUGGUUAAUCAUUCUUUUGACUGGCAUUAAUGCAUUUGCAAUCAAUGCUUCUUUAAAAGGGCCUGAAAAUGAACUCU